AUGUUUCAUUUUUGCCCUUCCAGAUCCUCGUUGGGAGGCCACACGAGUUCUGCCCUUUCUCUGGUCGCACCCGGUGGCCCCAUGUCCAACUUUCCCAUGGCGCCUAGUAGCAGUGGCCUUUCAGGGCACACCUUCGUUCCCAGGCCCUCUGCUGGUGCUCCUCUUGCAUCUGCUUGGAAUCCUCUGGCUUCAACACGUUCUGUACCCAGCAGUUUUGCAGUUUCAUUAUCUCCUGGCUUGCAUGACCCUACCGAGGCUGUUGCUGUCGCCCAGCGCCUUACCAGCGACAUAGAAGGAGGCCAGAGGUCUAUGCCUCCUGGACCUGUGCAGCUACCACGACUCGAGGGACCAUUGGUACGGAAGUAUGACCUGGAGGAAGGAGGAAGACGGCGGCAAAAAAGCCGAGGUCGAGGCUGGCAACCUGUCUAUAUGUCCCUGGAGUCCGGGCAAUUGCUAAUGUAUAAGGUGGGAGCUAAUUAG